GAAAGAUACCCUACAACACAACAAUAGGCAACAAACGUAAACACGAGACAUGCAAAAACAAAAGAACAAAGAAAAAGAAAAACAGAAAACAGAAAACCAAUUCCUAACUUUGCUGUUAGAUUCUAGCUGGUAAUAACAACAACAAAAUAAAUCUGAUUGAAAACCAUUUCCAAAUCUAUCUAUAUUAUCGGAAUGGAAUUCAUUUUCCAUCAUUAAUAAUUAAUUUCGAAAAUGUAUUAGAAAGCUUAAAUCUUUUGUUAAAAGGGUCAUCAUAUCAUGAGAGGAGGGAGGGACCCAUACGGUGGCACCGGCACCGGAACCGUCGAGGUUAAGGUUCAUCCUCGCCGUGACGAUUCCACUGUCCGUCAUGGACGUGGGUCUCCGCCCAAUCCUCCUCCUCCGGCGAAUCCUCCCUUCACUCGUGAUCGUGAUUUCAGGCUCUUUAAGCAGUGGUUCCCAUGGCUUGUUCCUAUCUUUGUUGUUGCCAACGUUCUUAUCUUCAUCAUCACAAUGUAUGUCAAUGAUUGUCCUAAGAAUUCUCUAUAUGAUUCUUGUGUUGUUUCUUUCCUUGGAAGAUUCUCCUUUCAGCCUCUCAAAGAAAACCCCCUCUUUGGUCCUUCUUCCUCAACAUUAGAGAAGAUGGGUGCUCUAGAAGUAGAUAGAGUGGUUCAUAGACACCAAGUUUGGCGCCUUCUCUCUUGUAUUUGGUUGCAUGGUGGGGCUGUUCAUGUGCUUGCCAACAUGUUGAGUCUUACUUUUAUAGGAAUUCGGCUUGAGCAAGAAUUUGGAUUUGUUAGAAUUGGAAUUCUGUAUGUGAUAUCUGGUUUUGGAGGGAGUUUGCUGUCUGCUCUAUUCAUAAAAUCGGGUAUCUCCGUUGGUGCUUCGGGUGCAUUGUUUGGUUUACUAGGAGGGAUGCUCUCAGAGCUUUUGAUAAAUUGGACAAUUUAUGCCAAUAAGUUGGCGGCAUUGUUGACACUUAUAGUCAUUGUUGUAAUCAAUUUAGCCGUUGGAAUCCUUCCGCAUGUCGACAAUUUUGCUCAUAUUGGAGGGUUUGGCUCUGGCUUUCUUCUUGGUUUUCUACUUCUGAUUCGUCCGCAGUUUAAAUGGGUUAGCGAAAGAAAUUCUCGUUCUGGAAUCGCUGCACCUUCGGUAAAACAUAAGCACAAACCUUAUCAGUAUGUGCUGUGGGUUUUGUCCUUCAUAAUACUCACUGCAGGAUUGAUUAGUGGUCUAGUUUUGCUCCUUCAAGGUGUUAACUUGAAUGAACGUUGCUCUUGGUGUCACUAUUUAAGUUGUGUUCCUACCUCAAAAUGGAGUUGUGACGAACCAAGUAUUUAUUGUGAGACAACACAAUAUGGAAAUGAACUUAACAUCACAUGCAUAAGCAAUGGGAAAAGUGACAUUUUUCCUCUGUCAAAUACUAGCUCUUAUGAUGCGCAACAACUUUGUUCCCAACUUUGCCGUGGAUAGAUUUACUCACAUGCAACCUUUCGAAGGGAUUCCAUUCAACAACUUGUGUAUAUGAUUCGUUCUUUGUUAGUGCAGAGAAAUUAUUUCUUCUCAGUUGGCAAUGAUGAUUGUUAUGCCAGCCAUGGUAUUGUCACAGCUGUUAAUUUCUAUUUCCUUAGCAUGAAAUAUUUUGUGCUAUUAUUCUUGUGUAAAAGAGAGGAAAGGAAUGGAAAUUGUAUUUGGUUAAAGAGACAAAAUAUUUCUCAAAAAAUGUAAAUGGUGUCAAAAUGUAGCCAAUACUAUUAAAGACAUGUUAUUCUAUAUAUUAUAGGGUGCUAUUGCCAGUGAUAUAGUAGGAUGAAAUCAAUUGCUUCCAAAUUUUAAGAUGCA